AGGUGGAAAUAAACAAAAGUUUUGGCCAGCAGACGACCGAGGAGAGAGAGAAAGAAAGAACGGCUAACUUACAGUUGAAGACACCAUUUUACUGUGUGUGUUAUGUUUGUUAUGUAUGUUCCGGACGGAAUAUAUACAUUAUAUAUAGAUAUGUAUGUGUACAUGUGCAUGCAUAUAUGCAAACGCCAUCUUCUUUGUUUAUGCCAAUAGAUCGGGACUGAAACGCACUGAAAAAAAAACUCUUAUAUCAGUAAUUGUUGUAGUUAUUGUAGAUGUUAUUUUUCUCAUUCAUGCUGUUGUUAAGGUUGUUAUGAAAAAGGAAAUGUUGUAUUCCUAAUUUGUUUUUGUUUUUUUUUUUAAAGUGAAACAAUAUAAGAUUACACAUAAUAUUCCCAACAAAAUGAUAAAUUAUUUUAAAAAGAAGGAUCAGGGAACUUUAAGAAAGAGUUGAGUACGGCGGGCAACCACUUAAAGGAACAAAAAAUACCAUAAAUAUAUAACUGAGAGAAAAAAAUAAUGGAAAGAAAUGUUUGAGAAAUGACCCUGAACUUUGAAACAAAAAUAUUAGUAGUAGUAGUUGUAGUCGUAAUAUCAUUAGCAGUAAUAAAUAGCUAAGGUAAACGGCACUGUACAAGCCACUUAAUCAGCGACAAUGCCGAUACGAAAGCAUAAUGUUAGAAAGUAAACAAAGGAAGAAAGGAGAUAGGUAUAAUAAUUGUUUGUUUGUUUUUAACAACUAAUUUAUCACCUCAUUCCUCACCUCUCGUUCCUCCUAAAAUUAUGAACAAAUAUAUUAACAUCAACAAGUUACAACAAUAACAACACGAUUCGGUAAUAACGAAAACAAUAACGAUAUUAAUCUGAACCACAUCUAAAACAGUAGUAUUGAAUUUAAAGUCAAAAGGAAAAUACAUUGUAUUCAGUUUUUACUCGACAAUAUAGUUUAUAUUUUCUGUAAAAUUAUUACCUUAUGGAAGUGACUACAAGCGAUCAGGAUCCGCACACGAUCGGCAAUGAAGUUGGGUUCGAAAAUGAAGGUUUGGAUUUCACCCAGUUGGAGGACUACAUUAACAACGACAACAGCACGUAUUUCCCUGGUGACUUAAUCUCAGCUGUGACAUACAAUAACGGUUUACAAGAGAGUCUGGUCGGAGCCGACUCAUCCUCGUGUGCGAACCAUGGAGCCGGCGGAUCUCUCAGUGGUGGCAAUCACAAUCAAUUACAGAUCAACUCAUCACAGCAGGGUCUACAUCCUCUUGACAUUCAUCACGGCCACCCCUCAAAUUGUGCAGCGGCAGUUACUACAGCAACGGCUGCAGGCAUGUACUGCAUUACUGCUGCAAAUUCAAAUGUCAUCAGCUUUAAGAACAAUGCAACCUCCCUUCCAGACAGCCCUCCAGAUUCAGAACCUUACUCCCCUUCAGACGAACAGCAAGAUACCAAACAUAAUAUUCCAGGUGGCAUUUCUCAUCACAACCCUCACAACAACCCGCAACAGCGUCACCAUCAACAGAACCUCAAUAACCCCAAUGUGGUGCCUCACUUGCAGCCACACCAUUCACCUCAUCCAUCACGACCACCGCAUGAUCUCCGUAAUGGUAUAGCCCAAACACCUCAGCAACACAUGUACCCUCCUUUGGGUGGCAACACGUCAGUGAGAGGACCAUCCGGCAACAUGCAUCUGGUCUCUCAUGGCAACGUCAGUGGGACUCGGAACUUGGGUUACAGCUCUUAUCUAUGUAACGACCCGCUGAAGCUAAAUCCUUCUGUCCCUACACAAGCUUUGAUCUCGUCCUCAAAUAUACAAGCGGUUCCCCCGGGUCUCCCCCAGAACUGUUCUCUGAUGAAUCAACAACCACAGUCACAACAACAACAACAGCAACAGCAACAACAACAGCAACAAUCACUCAUGCAUUAUGGACAUUUAUCCAACUAUUUAAGUCAAGCUAACAGCGUCUCCAAGAAGCGAAAGUACUCUGAUUCACCUAAUAAUACGUUAACCAAUACGAUGAUUAACAGUAUGAAUGGUUUAUUGAACAUUAAACAAGAACCAUCGAAUAAGCCAAUGGAAUCUACAGGUCAGACGAUCAAAAUUGAGCAAUCUCAGUCAGAUAGAAGUAAGAAGGCAUUUUAUCCAACAAGGAUCGAUCUGCACCCAAACCAAAUGUGCAAAGUGACGGUGGGCCGGCUGCACUUCAGUGAAACUACAUCCAAUAACAUGCGUAAGAAAGGAAAACCGAAUCCUGAUCAACGCUAUUUCAUGUUGGUCGUGGGAUUACAUGCUCAUUGCGGAGAUAACAAUUAUGUAGUGGCAGCACAUGUAUCAGAAAAGAUCAUUGUGAGGGCUUCGAACCCGGGUCAGUUUGAUAGUGAUGUUGAUGUUGUUUGGCAGAAAGGACAUGUACAAGACGCUGUGUUCCACUUGGGUAAAGUUGGGAUAAACACAGACCAUCCAGACGAGAGCCUAACAGUAAACGGUAAUCUAAAACUCACCGGUCAUAUCCUUCAUCCUUCCGAUAAGAGAGCGAAAGAAGAAAUAAAAGAGGUCAACUCCAAAGAACAGCUGACCAACAUCCAGCAGAUGCGAAUUUAUAAAUAUUCCUACAACAACGACUAUGCCAAAGUGGCCGGCCUGGAGGAGACUACGCGCCAAGAGACUGGAGUGAUUGCUCAGGAAUUACGGGAAGUCCUACCUGACGCCGUCAGAGAAACAGGGGACUUGGUGCUGCCGAGUGGGCGAAUCAUUGAGAACUUUCUCACUGUUAAUAAGGAUCGUAUUUUUUUGGAGAAUGUUGGUGCCGUUAAGGAACUCUGCAAACUUACAGACAAUCUGGAGACCAGAAUCAACGAGUUGGAAAGAAUGAAUAACCGUUUGUCCAAAUUAAAACGUUUCGACAGCCUAAAGUCAAAUAUCAGUUCGAAAUCGACAUGUAGUUUAAGCACUGUGUCCAGUGCCCCUGUAAAAAGCAAACAGCCUUAUCCACACCACCACCAUCACCAUCAUCAUCACCACAGGAGUUCUGGAGCCAGCACACCAUUCAGUGGUUCACCUCAUGGCAGUACGGCACCAUUCUUUGGAAUCAAAUGCUGCACCUACAGAACAUUCCAGAUAUGUGUACUCCUGCUGAUCCUUUUUAUAGCAUUUUGUAUUGUGACCAUCUCCAUCAAGUACAUCGUUCAGAACCAGAAAGUUCACAGUACGCACUUACAAAGCCCUCUUGAAUGGAAAAUGAGCAGUGACACCCAAAAUAAAUCUCCAAAUACAACGGUUAGUAAAAGCCGAUCAUCGCUAACGACACCGAUACAUAGAGUGACCAAACAAACAAGGACCUCCACGACGCCUAAAUUACUGGACACAACAAAGUCAUCAUCGUCAACAACAUCAUCAUCGUCAUUAUCAUCAUCAUCAUCGUCAUCAUCAAGGGAAAGACAUACAUCCAAGAAGCCGACAAACAAACCUACUCACAGAUAUAUUGUGCCAGCUUACCCUCCCUGUAUGUCUUCAAACUGUGAAGCGUUCUGUUGCCCACCACCACUGGAGACUGAAGCACGGCAAGAAGACAUUAGGCAACAAUACAACCCAAGCUACAAUUUCACUGGGAUGCAAUCACAAAUCAAUCGGCCAUUAGCUGACCAACCGAUUCACGUUGUUAUCCAUCAACCGACUGCUCCGAUUAUGAAGGUCAACAUCUAUGACCCCAGGGACGAUGACAACAAAAUCAACUCCUAUUUCCUACGACGAGGGAAAAGGUUGGCCAGACACAGGAGAGACACAGACAAUUUCGUAGAGGCCAGAGCUCAAAUUGUAUUAAAACAACUCAACUUUAGCAUUAGCCAGGCAUUCUGUGCAAAAAAUAAACCAUGCAGUGGAGGUCAGUACCAUUAUUUGGUGCCACUGAGUCCCUUCUUCGGUUUCAAACCAAUAGAUAUUCAAAUCAGGGUUGACUCUUCGUUCACAGUGGCCUUGUGUCAUAACAUGACUAAGCAAACAUGCCAAGGAGUACCUUCAGAACCAGCGAUCAGACAACCUGAGCAGAACAAUUAUGAGUGGCGAAUACCAAUUGGCCAUUGGUUUAACAGCAAAUUUACAUUCCGGGUGUUUGCUGGGCAAUCAUCCCAGACGAUUUGUUCACUCUUAUCGACUGAAAUUGGUCAAGACGUCUUCGAUUACCACAUUGAAUUUUUAAGAACAUGUUAAGAUGAGUGUCUUUCAAAAGACUUUUUAUUCAAAUGAAAACAAAACUGGAAAUUCGCAAAAGAGAAAGAGAAAUCUUCAAGAUACCUCUAUAAUAUUGAGAGGUAGAUUUCAUCCUCAAGAAGCAACGUGAAGAGAAAUAAAUGUGCUUCCAUCCUCCGAUUAA